AUGACCACCCCAACCCAUGCAGUUUGUCGUCACCCUUCUCGAUGCUGCAUGGUUUGGGCUGAAGAAGUUCUGCAAGAUAAUUCUGUGUUUCCGCACUCUUUCCGACCGAAAGCCAUCCUCCAACAGAUUGUGCCCGAACGUUGCCUUGCAAUCAUCCUCCAGCAGCCAGCAGAUUGUACUCGGAUGUACGGCACCAUCCUUCUUUCCUGUCCAUGUGUCUGGCCUCAAAACAGCUUCUUCUAUGCUUCCGGUUACUAG